GUCGGUUACCGUCAGCUGAGCGCGCAGUUGGUUCCAGAGAUCGCCGCGCGGCGCGCUGUCUUACGUGGGGGGGAGCCACGGCGUGUUUUGAAAAGAUUCCGGCGCCGCCAACCGGCCACUGCACUUCAGCCGGUGCACUCUGGGAAGGCCCGCGACGACCGUUACACACGUUCUGCUCCGAGUGCGUGCUAGUGUUAAGAUUUCAAGUCUCAUUUCCUUUUUCGUUCCGCCUUGAUAAAGUGUCGGGAUACCAACCUUCGCUUAAAACAGGUUGUUAGUUAUGUGUGGUGGCCUUCGCGUCGUUUCCACGAGUUUUUGAAGUUUUGUUUCUCAUUCAGGAGCUCUCGCUAGAUGGCGCUAGUGCAGCAGAGCUACGGGGGAGGGACGACCCUCAUACAACACACCAGCACCACCACCACCACAGCCACAACGAUGAAGGCCAUCCCCGGAGGAGGUUCCCGAUUGGCCCAGAUGCAGGCGAGGUUCCAGCAGAGGCAGCUGCAGGAGAAGGAGCAGAAGCUGCUGCACAUGCUUGAGACGCAGCAGCAGCGCACCGUGGAGCGCGUGGGGCGGGGCAGUUCGGGCAGCGCUGGCAGCUCGGGCAGCUCGGCCAGCUCGUCGAGCACGCUGGGCGCGGGCAAGGUCCGCCAGCUGUUCGACGAGCGGCGGGGAGGGGGCGGCAAGCCGGGCUGGGACCGCGCGCACCCCCUCGAGCCGCUCGCGCGCCCCGUCAAGGCCGCCCGCGGAGCGAGUCUGGACAGGACCACGGCCGUCCCGGCGGCAGCCAGCUACAGAUCGCCGCAGAUCGGGAAGGUCCCCGUGAGGCGCUCCAAGAGCCAGGCGCGGCGCGACGAAGCGGACAGCUCCAACAACAACAACAACAACAACCACCACCAACAACAACAACAACAACACGAGGUCUACCAGGAGGUGGAGGACAACCACGGCUACCACCGCAGCUUCCGGACCCUGCCGCCCGACGAGGGCUCCCCCCGGGACGACGACUGCAACGAGCUCUUCAGGUCCGAGAUGAGCCGCGUGGAGGCGCUGAUGGACCGGCACGCGCUGCUCGACAGCGAGGAGCCGCCGCCCGAGGUGGACCUGGGGGACGACGACGACGAGGUCGACGAGCCGGUCCCGCCGGCGGUGACCUCGAAGCUGCCCAACGUCGGCGGACCCCCUCGCGCGGCGGAGGAGACCCCGGACCGCGACCGCUACAGGACGUACAACGCGAGGGACGGCCACCAAGGGCGGCCCAGGCCCGAGCCCAAGAGGAGCCAAGACCUGGACACGAAGAAGAGCAGAGAGGCGACCAGGCAGGCGCAGGAGGCGAAGAAGACCAGGGAGGUCGCCAGAUCGCCUCCCAAGACUCAGGCGAAGCCCGCGGCGGCCGCCGCUCGGCCCAGCAAGGUCGGGGUCAGCCCCGUCGGCGCGCCGUCCAGGACCUCAGCCUCACCGUCAGCGCGCCAGGCGCCGUCGGCCGCCGCCAUGAAGAGGGCGCCAGCUCGGGCCCCCGCCAGCGCCAGCUCGGGACCGGCCACGCCGCGCCAGCCCUCGGCUAGCUCCGGCGGGCCGACGGACCUGGCCGAGUGCAAGGUGUGCGGCCGCCGCUUCGCGCCCGACCGCGUGCAGCAGCACGAGCGCAUCUGCAGCCGCACCAGCAAGAAGACCCGCAAGCCCUUCGACCCGCUCAAGCACCGCGUGCAGGGCACCGACGCCGAGGCCUACCUGCGCACCAUCAAGUCGCAGGCCAACAAGCCGGCCGCGCCCAGCUCCAAGAAGGCCGACUGGCGCAGGAAGCACGAGGACUUCAUCGCGACGAUCCGCGCCGCGAAGCAGGCGCAGGCGUACGUGGCCGCCGGAGGCAAGAUCUCGGACCUGCCCCCGCCGCCGCCCUCCGACUACUCGGACUACGUGCAGUGCCCGCACUGCGGCCGGCGCUUCAACCAGCAGGCGGCGGACCGCCACAUCCCCAAGUGCGCCAACAUGGCGCACAACAAGCCCAAGCCGGCGGCCAGGCCGGCGCCCGGGCCCUCCAAGAGGCGCUAGUCCCCCGGGUCCAAUAAAAAUAUAACGCACUUGCAGGUUCGCCCGCCUGAUUCCGCGCGGCAAUUUCACUGUGUUGUUAUUUCAUUCGGUGGGUGGCCGCCAGAGAUCAGGGAAAUAUACAGACUGCACGUACCAAUAUGGCGGCCGUUUGUUUACAAAUGAAUUGGCUGUACCUGAAUUUGGAGGUUAAAUUGCAGAUGUCAACUCAUACAUUUUUUUUAUUAUGAUGUUACGUUUAGGACUUUUAAUACGUAUCUACAUAUUAACCAGUAAUAUUUUGAUCUAAUUUUCUUCCGAACAGCUGAACUACAAAUAAUAAACAUACGUCCGCCAUAUUGCUGUGUGAAAAUCAGGAGGGGAAAAAAUGGGGUGGAAAUACGGCUUAACGUCUGACGGCCAAUGCUCUUACCUGCAUCCUUUCCUAAUCUCCGGUGGCCACGUCUGCAUGGUUAGUUGAUAAGAGCGUGAAGCCGUUUUUUUUUUUCUUCCUUCAACUAAUUGUUGCGCAAUGUUGGUUAGACACCCAAAACAUUGGCUGAAGCUUGGAAACAGUGGACACAGUUUCAAAAGAUUUCUUCUUUAUAAAAGUUGCUUUUUUUAACGACGGAUAUUCAGAUCCAUACUUACUAACCAUCUUCAGACUUGGUUAAGCACCAUUUCCGCAAUGUUUUGGGCUGGGAACAAUAAGGUGAUGGCGAGGUUAGAAAGUGACUUCAGCUACAUCUCAGCAUUCCAUCUCCUGACUUUUCCUAACUCCAUAAUUACAGGCACCUAAUUCUGUACCCCGGAGGAAAAACAUGUCCGUUGUUUAGGAAAUAAAGUUAGCACCAGUGGCAUACCCAACCUGAAUAAAAUAUGUCAUUCAUUUUGGUUCAUUAGUGCCAGAGUAAAACAAAACAUACAUACAAGCUGAGAUUUAUGACACGUCAUUUUUUUAAAUACAUAAACUGUUAUUACCUAUUAAUGUGUGUUUACAAUUAUUAGCAUCAGGGCCACAGAGAGAAACUAAGGGCCUGGAAGCAAAUAGGUUUGUCAACUUCCCUCUCCCCCAAAUCCUUUUACCUACAAACUUCACAAUUUAAAAAAUUAUUAAUUAACUGUAAAUAAACCUGUGUGUAUCGCACUUGUAUGGUUCCCAAUGAAUUUUAUUAGCAAUAUGAUUGUAAUUUCGACCUAUUAGGGUAAACACAUGCAUAAAAAAUAAUCUUGAAACUCAACCGGAUCCCAACGAUUUUGACCCCUCUGCCCGGUUCUUCCCGGGUUUUUUUUGGAUAGAGUUGCUUGUGUUAAUAAAACAAAAAAAAACAGUUUUAGUUCAACAUUUAAAUACAGUCCUAGCAUAAGUAGGCCUAUCAUAAAAGCUAGUUACAUGUGAAUAACAUAAAAUUCCAAUGUGUUACCUUCACUCUACCUCCAGUCCUACAGUAGACAGUGGCAAACCUUUAGAUCCACUGCUGAUUGGUACCUACAGUGUCCAUGAAGUAUGUACAUUUUUCACCCUCCCUCUAGUGGUAUAGAACUCUAUGUGCAGAUACUAUAAAUAGAAAAAAUAGGCAUGUCCAGUUUCUUUCAGAGGUGAAGAACAAACACCAUGUGGAUAUGAUACAAAGAAACUUGCUCUCCAGUAAAAUUAUAAUUUUGUAAAAUGAAAGCCUUUACCUCCGAGGUACAGUAUAGAUUUGGUAACAUUUGUACUACUAAUACCAGCUACAUUGAAUUCCCUAAUUAAAAAAUUUCUGUUGGUUUUAAAAAUAUUCACACUGAAGUACAGUGGUGAAUGUGACUCCACAGAUAAUGAAAGUUACAUAUUGUCACUCUAAGUGCAAAAGAUUGUAAGCCAAAAUGUAAUUUCCACCCGGUAGCAAAAUCUUGAAUGUCUUCAACUGAUUCAAUAAAGGUACAACCAAAUGUCAAAAGAUUCUGUAAGUUUUUAUAGCCUAAUGUUAUAACUGCAGUGUUUGUAUGACGCUUUUAUAUAAACGACCUUCUGCACUUUGAGUUACAAAAUAUCUAUCACU